AAUGUCUCAUGGUCAGUCGUGGUGAUGCUCAUCCCAUUUGCUAUCGCCGCGGAGUCAAGGACCGCGUCUUGUCGGGAAAGAUAGGGAACGACGCUAUUUACCGGGUCGCCGCCGGGAAGCUGCGAAAAAGACGGCAACGUGCCGUUAGCAACCUUCAUCCGGUCGUUCGCCAUUGCCCGAAAUAGGGUGAUGCCUCUGUGUUGCUGUAGUGAAUGGUUUGAUUUUUAUACGGGUGGGAUGCGUUAAAGUUGAAGGUGAAGUCGCCACUGAAAUAGCCGCCCUUCGUUAAUACAGAGUUUGGCAAGACGGGGGCAUUCGUGACAGUGAACUACUUGUGGAAGAAAUCUUUGGCUACUAUAUUGUAUAAGGAGUAGUAGAUGUCAUCCUACAUCCUCUCCUCAAUGUCCUUCCCUGCCAUCUGCACCACAUCUUCACAACUUCUCAAUCUGCUAAGGGUUUGUAUAAACAUCCGGAAUCUGCAACAGGUCCACACCCACAUCAUCUGCAAAGGGUUUGAACAAGACCACAUCGUCGUAAACCAGUUGAUUUCAGUUAGCAACUCUUUCUCCUCCAGCGUAGCCUAUGCCACCAGUGUCUUUGAGCGCAUUCUUCAGCCUAACAUCUAUCUCUGGAACACGCUCGUCAAAGGGUAUUGUGAACAUUCAUCUCUAGUACAGUCACUGUCACUUUUCAAUCGAAUGAAAAAAUGUUCAGAUGUUGUUCCGGAUGGAUAUACAUUAACUUCACUGGUCAGGGCUUGUUCUGCUGUGCUUUCUUUGAGAGAUGGGCUGGCCGUUCAUGCGUUGGUAAUCAGGUAUGGGACGAAUAGUAAUGCGUAUGUUGGUUCAUCAUUGAUUACUUUUUAUGGGAAAUGUAAAGAAAUUGAGUGUGCACGUAGGCUGUUUGAUGAGAUUCCUUUGAAAAAUGAAGUAUCCUGGACUGCUAUAAUUGUUGGGUAUGUUAAUUUUGGUGACUUUUCAGAAGCUCAGAAACUGUUUAACAAAAUGCCCCAGAAAAAUCUGGUUUCAUGGAAUGUGAUGAUAACUGCAUUUGUGAAGUUUGGAGACCUCAAUAAUGCCAAGAGACUGUUUGAUGGAAUGCCUGAAAGGAAUGUGGUUUCUUUUACGACAAUGAUUGAUGGGUAUGCAAAAGCUGGGGACAUGGUUUCUGCAAGGGUUUUGUUUGAGCAGUCUACAGGAAGAGAUAUAAUUUCUUGGUCAGCUAUGAUAUCAGGGUAUGCACAGAAUGGACAGCCUAAUGAAGCUGUAAAGUUGUUCUUCGAAAUGUUGUCUGUAAAUCUUAGACCAGAUGAGUUUGUUAUGGUCAGUUUGAUGUCUGCUUGCUCCCAAAUAGGAUGUUUGGACUUGGCUAGACAGGUGGAUUCUUAUGUGAAGCAAAGCUUAUCUAAUCUCCAUCAACCACAUGUAGCGGCGGCUCUUGUAGAUAUGAAUGCAAAAUGUGGAAACAUGGAUAGAGCAAUAGCUUUGUUUGAGGAGAUACCUAAGCGUGACGUAAUUUUGUAUUGUUCGUUGAUGCAGGCACUUUCUAUUCAUGGGCGUUGUGAGGAGGCAGUUGGUCUAUUUGAUAGGAUGCUAAAGGAAGGGUUAGUGCCUGAUGGUGUAGCCUUCACUGUGAUUUUGACAGCAUGUAGUCGUGGGGAGCUUGUUGAAGAUGCCUUUCGUUUUGUUACUGCAAUGAUAAAUGACUACUCUCUAAAGCCUUCCCCUGACCAUUAUGCAUGCAUGGUUGACCUUCUUGGACGGUCAGGAAAGCUCAAAGCUGCGUAUAACCUAUUAAUUAAAACAACGCCCAUUGAGGCCUAUGCUGGUGCAUGGGGUGCACUUCUUGGGGCUUGUAAGCUGCAUUCUAAUAUUGAGUUAGGUGAGGAGAUAGCAUGCAGGCUAUUUGAACUUGAGCCUCUCAAUGCGGGAAAUUAUGUGCUCUUGUCGGGGCUUUAUGCUUCAAUAGAUAGGUGGUUAGAUGUUUCACAUUUGAGAGAUAAGAUGAGUGAGAGGGGUAUUCGGAAGAUACCUGGUCGCAGUUGGAUAUAGUCAUAAAUUGGAUUGCCCCUUUUGCUUGUCACUUUUUCUUCUACAUAUAAUGACAACUGGUACACCGUGUUUUCAGUCCAUUUCUGGAGAAGUGUGGCAAUGUGCAUGGUAUUCACUGUUUUUCUCUACUGAUGCAGCUGCAAUAUCAGUUACCAAUCAGCGGUGAUGCUGCCAAUAUUGUGCAUUGAGAUGCCUUCAUAAUAUGUGGGAGAAGAAAUCCUAUGCUUUACUUUUCUCAGGUAUGGGAACGGUGGUACCGUGUAUGUAACUUCUCAUCUGGAAGUAAAUAUUUAUCGCCACAAGACUACUAGGCAUUUGGUGAGAUGUCAGAUGUCCAAAUCAAGUGUGUUGAAGGGGUUGGGAUUUUGUGCUCUAAACACUGUCGAGUUGAUACACCUUUACUUAAAUCAUCACUGGAUUUGCAUGCUUUUCGGAUUUCAUUUGGACAAUUUCUUUCCUCCAUAGGCUCUUCUUCUUCUGCAAGUCUCGAUGGUUUCAAGCACCUAACUGGAAAAAGAAGGGACUUUGCACCAAUUCUUGGAUUUUUAUAACGAUUAACACUAUAAACAUCUCACUUAGUGCUUCAACUGCCACUACUACCCUGGUUUUUCCCAUAUGUUUUUCCAGCUAAAUAGCCUGUAAGAGACAGCUAUGCUGACAGGGAUUAGCUGAAGGGUUUCCCAGAUUUUGAAGCUCAAAGUUUGGCAGAGGAACUGAGGAGCUUGUGAAGGGAAGAGAAGGAGAAAAACAGGGAAAAUUUAUGCAACUGGAGUUUUCAAAUUCAAGUGCUUGUACUUAACUUGAAUUGUCAGUUCUUUGUUUUGGUGCAAACAUACAGAGAGAAGGCAACUGUUUCGGCAUCAGUAACCGGCGAUGACCCAAAGCAACUACCAGGAUGCCAUCUUAUUUUAAUUCUUGAAGAGAUUCAAACAGAGAUCAGUAGUUUUCAUUGUUGCUUUUUUCACCAAUCAUUGCCUUAAUUCAUGUGAAAAGGAUGUCUGGAGUGGGUGGUAAACUGGUAGCUUAAAUUGGAUAACUUAUUGCCUCAAUUCUUGCUAUAGUUCAGUGGUUGUUGCCUGUUAGGAUGAAUUAAGACAUACGUGAUUUACACAUUAAGUAGUGAUAUUUACUGAAAAAGAACCAAAUCACUUGUUGUGUCCUUGUUUAAUCUCAUAGGUAUUUUUAAGCCCAUGUAAUGAAAUUCUUAUUUUACUUCAGAAAGUAGUAUUUUUACUCAUAAAGGAGGGAAAAGUCUAUUACUUAGCUGGUAAAAUUCGUACACUUAAACCUAUUUGUUAGGUUUGGAUGAUCUUUCUGUUGAGUUUUUAUUGAAGCAAGCUGGCUGAUAAUUGAUAUAAUACUUUUUACUUCGAUAUAAUGCUUUUUACUUUGGUUGUCCAUGUAUUGAUUGAUAAUAUAAUGCCUGUAACUAUAGAUGUUAUUCCCUGGAGCUUAAUUUAGUGCUCAAGUUUACUUAAGUAAUAUUUCACUUAUAGGGUGAUAUUUGUUUUGUUUUGUUUUGUAUUUUACAUUGAUUUUAGAAAUAGAAUGUUCAAAAUAAUCUCAUCUUUGUUUUUGUUUAUCAAAAUGGAUCCCGAAGUUACACUGGCACAUUAAUUUUCGUUUUCUAGAAUCUCCUUCACCUAUGCGUUAAAAUUUUAAACCACUAUAUUUGUAUGUGUAAAUCAUUUGGUCAGUGCUCUAUUUUAGCUUUCCAGGCCACUGUGGUCAUAUUCAUCUCAAUUCUCCUGUUUACAAUAUUUUGAUCUGUGAUAUACACAGAUAUACUGAUCAUUUUUCUGCAAAAAAACAUGUCUAUUUUGCUUUCAUUUUAUUACAAGAAUAGGAGAGGUAAAUUUAUUUGGUAAAUAAUGCUUCAAACUUAUUGCAGUUCACCUUCCUGACCAACUGUACUCGAUUAGUUUUCUAAAUGUAGGUUGAGACCUAUGCAUCCCAGCUGAGACUAAUUGCAAGAGGUGAUAUUAUGGAGGCAGCAGAGUCAUAAGUGAAGCAUCCUCAAAAUCCAUGGCUGAAAUAUUUUUAGAUAACUACGUUGAUUAUGUUCAUAGUGAUGGCGGGAAGCCAUAUUUCAUGUCUCACUGAUGAAUGUUGAUGUUGGCUUGCAAGAUCACUCUGAUAGUAUCGAUAUGUUGCCAUAUUAGGACACCUUUUCAGUUUACUGAAGCUACGACAGUUUUAAAUAAAUUUUUGAAGACAAGGCGUAGCAGGGAAUGUAAGUGCAGGCACUUGUAAAGAAAGAAAUUCAAAGACCGGAAUUGUGAAGAAAAGAUGGCAGCAACAUCACGUCAUGCAUUAUGAGUUUCCAUGAGAAGAGCAAAUUGGCGGCACCUACAGAAGAUAUUCAGAACUAGGCACUACUGCACUAGCUAUGGAGCCAUGUGGACUUGAGAACAACGCUAGAUCGCAGUAAUAGUAGGUGUUCCCUGUAGUGGGCUUGGGGUGGUGUAAAGUUCAUCCAAGGAAACUGCGACCCGUUGACUGGAAUUGACUCGUCAUACUCACUAAUCUGAAACAUGUGUCAACAACAAGCAUGCUCAACGGACGAUUUCGACCGACCCGAGGUUCAUCACGCUUAACAUGCCCAAUCUUUUGAAAUCUUCUUGCGUAUGAAGUGACUCUUCAAUGUGUAAUUGACUCCCAAGUUAAAUCAAAGACAUUUGUUCAUUUUUAUUUUUUAAAGUGCGUUUAAAAUUCUCUCAAGAGGCUGAAAGUUUGUCAUUAUACUGUUGUGAAAUGUAUCUUGUGGAAUGUAAAUUGAUCAAGAAUAUAAAAGAGUUCAUUAUAUU